UUGUCACCGUUACAGUAGCUGUAGGCGGACCUUCUGAUUGGGGAAUCAAAACCCUGAAAGGUUGUGUCAAUGGAGGACGACGACGAAGAACCACCGCUCGCAGUUGAAAUCUCGAAAACAAUCAACUGCGAGCCAUCACAGCCGUCUGAUCAAUCCAAUCAACGGGGUGAAAUCGCUGAAGCUGCGCCUGUAGGCGUGACCGUCAUCACUGGCUAUCUCGGCGCCGGAAAAUCAACUCUGGUCAAUUAUGUGUUGAAUAACCAACACGGGAAGAGGAUUGCUGUGAUAUUGAACGAGUUUGGCGAGGAGAUUGGAGUGGAGAGGGCUAUGAUCAAUGAGGGCCAAGGUGGGGCGCUUGUUGAAGAAUGGGUUGAGCUUGCAAAUGGCUGCAUUUGCUGCACCGUCAAGCACAGCUUGGUUCAGGCUUUGGAGCAACUUGUGGAAAGGAAGGAGAGGCUUGAUCAUAUAUUGUUAGAGACAACAGGGUUGGCAAAUCCUGCUCCUCUUGCAUCUGUUCUUUGGUUGGAUGAUCAGCUAGAAUCAGCAGUCAAGCUUGAUUCCAUAAUUACUGUUGUGGAUGCAAAAAAUCUCCGUUACCAGCUCCAAAGGCAUCAUGAUUCAGCCUCGUUCCCUGAAGCAUUUUCACAAAUAGCAUUUGCGGAUGUCAUUAUUCUUAACAAGGUUGAUCUGGUUUCUCCUGAGGAUGUCCUAGAGGAACUGGAGAAGGAGAUACAUAACAUUAAUUCCCUUGUGAAUAUAGUUCGUUCUGUGCGGUGUCAAGUUGACAUGUCCAAGAUAUUAAAUCGUGGAGCCUAUGAUGCUUCUCAAGUCACACAUUUAGAAGCAUUGUUGGAAGAAAGUAAAUCUCUAACCACUUCUCAUCAACAUGAUAGUGGUGUGCGAACGAUAUGCAUUUGUGAGGCACUUCAAGUCAAUCUUGAUAAGAGGUUCGGAAUUCUACUUAGGGUUCCGUGUCGGGCUGGUGGGCCAGAAAAGUUACACUAAGGCGAGACAAGUGGCCGGAAGGGCAAUGAGUUGAUUGAGGCCUAAUCGCGACAGAAAUUUUGUGGGCCCCAUGUGAGACCAGGAUCAUCUAUUACAUUCAGUUGUAUUGUUUAGAUUUUAGCAAUAAUUGUAAUAUCAUGUUGGGUGGACAAUGUGUAUGUACCUAAGUAUGUUAUGUUUUUGAGGUUUUAUGCGGGUUCUGAUCUUGCAUCCGCUUAUGUUAAAAAUGUAUCAUUCCUUCGUUAUGUUUUGGAGUGUUAUAUAUAAAGGUUAUGUUGAGGAUUUAUUGUUGAUUUAUGUUUAAAUAAAAAAAAAAAAAGUCCUAGCUUAUAUUUUAAUGUCUUGGAAGGCAGGGUGUUACAUUUAUCAUUAUACAAACUACUUCUCUCUUCCAUAUUCCUCUUCUUCUCUGCUUACUUUUCCCCCGGUUUCUCUCUUCUUGUCCUCCUUCCUGUAUUAAUCUUCCCUCUCAAUUCUUCAUUAGUUGGCUUAAUAGAACUUUUUGUUUGAGGACCCCUUUUCUACACUCUUUGCUCCCUGAUUGGCUCCACUCUCCCCCCUUUUAAUAGUGCCUACACGGGCUUGCAUAUUAUUUAAUUG